AUGGCCUCCGUCUUCCAUCUUCUUGGAUGCUGCUGUAGCCGCAAUAGGCAUCAGAAAUCCAAUGGUUGGGAGGAAAGUAUGCGUCUCUAUAGUGACGAAGAGGAUGUUGGACAGGAUAACACGAUGAUAAUGCCAAUGUACACCCUAAAUCAUCCCCAGCCACAAACAACCGUUCGACUUGAUUUAGCCUCAGCCGGGCAAUAUGCGGUGAUUCUGAAGAAUUGCACGAGACUGUGUGGGAGUGGCGCAGCUAGAGCAAACGUUCCCAUUGUACAGGACAAAGCCUACUUUGAAGUGAAGAUUCAGACCAAUGGUCUCUGGGGGAUUGGAUUGUGUCAUUCCAAAGCAAACAUGAACUUAGCAAAUGAUAUGCGAAGCCAGGAGACAGCUUGGGUUCUCUUCAAUGACGGAAAAAUAUAUCACAACUCCGAGGCUCUUAUGGAGUUAGAGACGAGUAUACCAGAAGAAGGUGACAUUUUGGGGAUCUACUACGACCACACAGAGCUCCGAUUCACUGUUAAUGGAGUGCCUGUCUUCUUCCAAGAUCAUGGAGUGCAAUGUUACGGUGCUACUGGAAUUCGGGGUACUGUGUAUCCUCUCUUAGCUGUGGAUCAAGGAGCUAUCCUAGAUAUCCGUUUUACUGCAUUCCAAUAUCCUCCGCGUGAAGGUGGUUACACAGAAAUUCGCCUUGAACAAAAUAUUCUUUGA